ACAGAGGCAGCCUCCUCCUUACUGACUGACACAUCUAUUUUCCAGCUUUGACAGAGUCGGCUCCUCUGGGGAGACCAUCCCCCAACACCCUCCACCUGCCACAGCUCACCAGCCCUUCCAUCCUUACGGCUGGCUGAAGGGCUCCUGGCCUUCACCCUCCGCUUCUGGACCCUCUCCCCACUCCCAGGCUCCCAUGCCGAGGUCUGCCUUGUCAGUCAUUUCCUUUUGUCACUGGCUUGGCAAACAGGAGAGAAAACGGAGCUUCAUGGGAAACAGCAGCAACAGUUGGUCCCACAUGCCAUUCCCUAAGUUGGAGCUGAGCCUGGGGUCCUGGCCCGCAGCACCCCAGGAGCUUCCCACCUGCUCCAUCUGUCUGGAGAAGCUGUGUGAGCCAGUUUCGCUGGACUGCGGCCACGACUUCUGCACUCGGUGCUUCAGCACACACCGUGUCCCUGGCUGCGAGCGGCCCUGCUGCCCAGAGUGCUGCAAGAUAUGCAAGCAGAAGAAGGGUUUCCGGGGUUUGGGGGAGAAGAUGAAGCUGCUGCCACAGAGGCCACCACCGCCUGUGCCACAGGAGACCUGUGCUGUGAGAGCAGAACCACUGCUGCUGGUGCGAAUCAAUGCCUCUGGAGGCCUCAUCCUGAGGAUGGGGGCCAUCAACCGCUGCCUGAAGCACCCCCUGGCCAGGGACACCCCUGUCUGCCUCCUUGCUGUCCUGGGGGAGCAGCACUCAGGGAAGACCUUCCUCCUCAACCAUUUGCUCCAGGGGCUGCCAGGCCAGGAGUCCUGCGAGGGUGGCUGGCUGAGAGGAGGGGGCUCCCUGCAGGGGUUCAGUUGGGAUGCCAAUAGCCUCUCCAGGGGCAUAUGGAUGUGGAGCCAUCCCUUCCUGCUGGGGAAAGGCGGGAGGAAGGUGGCUGUGUUUCUGGUGGACACGGGGGACGCCAUGAGCCCUGAACUGAGCAGUGAAACAAGAACCAAGCUCUGUGCUCUCACCACAAUGCUGAGCUCCUACCAGAUCCUCAACACCUCCCAGGAACUGAAGGAUAAAGACCUGGAAUAUCUGGAGAUGUUUCUCCACGUGGCUGAGGUGAUGGGCAGGCAUCAUGGGAUAGUGCCAAUCCAGCACCUGGAUCUCUUAGUUCGUGAUUCAUCACAUUCCAACAAGACAGGACAGGGGCACGUGGGUGAUGUCAUCCAGGAAUCCGGCAAAUACCCCAGGGUUUGGGAGCUGCUCCAUAAAAGGCGAGCCCGCUGUUACCUCUUGCCUGCUCCAAGGAGGCGGUGGGCCAGCAAGGACCAUGGAAGCCCAGGCAACACAGAUGACGAUUUCCACCAUCUCCAAGCCUACAUCGCUGAUGUACUGAGUGCUGCCCCUCAGCAUGCCAAGAGCCGCUGCCAGGGGUACUGCAAUGAGGGGCGACCCCUGGCCAGGGGAGACAGACGCCUGCUCACAGGGCAGCAAUUAGCUCAGGAAAUCAAGGUGUGGAAACUUCCCAGAAACCCAGGCAAGCCCACUGUCCCCCUGCUGUCCCUGACCCCUCCAAUGAUGUCUCUGCAGAACCUCUCAGGCUGGAUGGGGAGGACAGGGCCUGGGUUUGCUUCUCCUGACCAGAUGGCCACCCAACUGCACAACCUGAGGAUGGUGGAAGCUGCCAAGAAGGAGUUUGAGGAGUAUGUGCGGCAGCAGGACAUGGCCACCAAGUGCAUAUUCUCUGCACUCCGGGUCCUGCCCAACAACAUGCGGAAUCUCCUCUCCGCCCAGAAAGAUGCCAUCCUGGCUCACCACAGAGUGGCCUUGCUGUGCCAUGGGAGAGAGCAGACCUUGGAUACCCUGGAGGCUGAGCUGCAGGCUGAGGCCAAGGCCUUCAUGGAUGCCUACACCAUGCGCUUCUGUGGCCACCUGGCUGCCGUUGGGGGUGCCGUGGGGGCGGGGCUCAUGGGCCUGGCAGGUGUGGUGGGUGCAGGCAUGGCUGCAGCGGCGCUGGCUGCAGAGGCUGGGAUGGUGGCAGCUGGAGUUGUAGUGGGGGCCACAGGGGCCGCUGUGGUCGGGGGUGGUGUGGGUGCUGGGUUGGCUGCCACCAUGGGCUGCAUGGAGAAGGAGGAGGAUGAGAGGGUGCAGGGAGGGGAUCGAGAGCCCCUGCUCCAGGAAGAGUAGCAGCCCCCAGGAGACAGUAGGGGAAGGGAGAGAAAUGGAGGAGGGUGUGAUGUUCUGAUUAACCCCAUGUACCACACUCUCCUGGUUGAAUGUUCUGGGUGGCUGCCUCAGCCAAAGAAUCAAGGUGACUCCAGGAGCUUAAGGAAGCCUCCGGGGGGCCCAAGAGGCAAUAGUAUUUUGGCGGUAAGUACAGUAUAAGGCCAGUCUCUGAUUGCACAUGAUUGUUCACCUGCCAUUGCCCUAAUUCAACUUGACCACAGGAUCUCCCACCAAGAGUGAGGUUCUACCCUCCCUGCCCUGGCUUAAUUCCCAGGGACUGUAGGAAGGCUGAGCAUUCGGGAAGUCUCUCCUUGGGUGAAAAGGGCCCAUCCUUUCACAGAUGGGAACAACCCCAGGUCGAGUGACCUUGGUGUUCAGGAUCGGGGAGCAAUGAAGAGGGGCUGGGGAAAAGAGAGAAGGGGGCCAUUGGACAAAACCAAAGAGUCCGGGUGUGGUGGAUGGUGGCCUAACCCCUGAAGUGGAGGAACUUUUCUUGGAAACUUCCUAAAGCUGCCCCAGCAGGACAAAGCUGGUGCCCCUCCUCCCGCAGCCCCAGACUCUGCAUGUGCACCUUGAGUGGGGUCCCUAUAGGUGUCCCUUGUGGCUGUGCCCUUUGUCACACAUACUUUUUUGUGGAAUGCCAUCCCAGCAAUGGGUUAAAUGCCAAAGAAAAACCUUGUGAUCGCAUCUGGAGCUGAAGCACAGCCCUGGAAAAGCCCUUGAAAAUCCUGCAAGCAUCAGCAAGGGCACAUGGUCCACCCUACAGGCCCCUGCUCAGCCCCCAAGGGGAGCCUGAGGGCCCAGCACCCUUCCCAGGGGUACAUGGAAGCCCUACUAGGAAGAUUUAUAGGUUAUUAAACUGUUAAGGGUUAAUGGGCGCAUUACACGAAAAAUAAAAUGUGUGUGCUUGAUUGUCA